CGGCCAAUCCGGACCUAGCCGGUAACGGCGGCGGCCAGGCGGGCGGGCUCUGCGGCGCGGGAGCUGUUGGACGCGCGGGGCUCCUUUCUUUCGCGCACUCUUCCCGGUGGCCGGAGCGGAGGGGCUCGUUCUUCGCCUCGCCGGACAGCCAGCCAUUGUCCACCGGGUUGACUGAUACUGUACAUUAUAUAGUGUGAGCUCAGGUGCCCUGUUUCUGUUGCACAGGGAAAGGGGCAAUGAUACUAUCCUGGAAAAUUAUUAACCACUUUGAUAUAGCCUAACGAUGGCAGAAGCACAUCAAGCCGUUGCAUUUCAAUUUACUGUAACCCCAGAUGGAAUUGAUCUGCGCAUGAGCCAUGAAGCUCUCAGGCAGAUCUAUCUGUCUGGUCUCUACUCUUGGAAGAAGAAAUUCAUCAGGUUCAAAAAUGGCAUCAUCACGGGUGUCUAUCCUGCUAGUCCGUCCAGCUGGCUUAUUGUAGUAGUAGGAGUUAUGUCAACCAUGUAUGCUAAAAUAGAUCCUUCCAUGGGAUUGAUAGGAAAAAUCAACCGGACCCUUGAUACAACUGGCUAUAUGUCCAACCGAACACAGAGUAUUGUCAGUGGUGUUCUUUUUGGCACAGGACUCUGGGUAAUCCUUAUUUUCUCAAUGCGCUACACACUAAAGAUGCUGCUUUCCUACCAUGGAUGGAUGUUUGCUGAACAUGGCAAAAUGUCCACAGGUACCAGGAUAUGGAUGACACUAGUGAAGCUUUUCUCAGGUCGCAAACCAAUGCUGUAUAGUUUCCAGACAUCUCUGCCACGUCUUCCUCUUCCAGCUGUCAGGGAUACUGUAAAUAGGUAUUUGGAAUCGGUCCAUCCACUUAUGAAUGAUGAACAGUUUAAAAGGAUGGAAUGUCUUGGCAAAGAUUUUGCAAUAAAUCUGGGACCAAAGCUACAGUGGUAUUUGAAGCUGAAAUCCUGGUGGGCUACAAACUAUGUUAGUGAUUGGUGGGAAGAAUAUAUUUACCUUCGUAGUCGUGGACCUAUUAUGGUGAACAGUAAUUACUUUGCAAUGGACUUCAUGUAUUUUACUCCUACCUCUGUUCAGGCAGCUAGAGCUGGCAAUGCCAUCCAUGCCAUCUUGCUAUAUAGAAGAAAACUGGACAGACAACAAAUCCAGCCGAUUCUUCUGAUGGGAUCCACUGUUCCACUCUGUUCAGCUCAGUGGGAAAGAGUGUUUAAUACCUCCCGUAUUCCAGGAGAGGAAACAGACACUAUCCAGCAUAUAAAAGACAGCAAACACAUUGUUGUGUACCAUAAAGGAUGCUAUUACAAAAUAUGGCUGUACUAUGAUGGCAGACUGCUGAGACCUCGGGAGAUCGAACAUCAGAUGCAGUGGAUUCUAGAUGACAAAUCUAAGCCCCAGCCUGGUGAAGAAAAGUUGGCUGCCCUUACUGCAGGAGACAGAGUUCCAUGGGCUAAAGCUCGCCAGGCAUAUUUUGCACGUGGAAAAAACAAGCAGUCUUUGGAUGCUGUUGAAAAAGCAGCUUUCUUUGUGACUUUGGAUGACACAACUCAAGGUUACAGGGAAGAAGAUCCAGUGACAUCAAUGGACACUUAUGCAAAGGCACUUCUGCAUGGGAAAUGCUAUGACAGGUGGUUUGACAAGUCGUUCACUCUAGUAGUAUUCAGGAAUGGCAAAAUGGGCCUGAAUGCUGAACAUUCAUGGGCAGAUGCUCCUAUUGUUGGACAUCUUUGGGAGAAUGUCAUGUCUUCUGACUGUCUUGAGCUGGGCUACACAGAGGAUGGUCAUUGCAAAGGAGAGAUCACUCCAGGCAUUCCCAUGCCCUCCAGACUGCAGUGGGAAAUCCCUGAAGAAUGCCAAGAGGUGAUUGAGAGCUCCCUGGCCAUUGCCAGGCCCCUAGCAGAUGAUGUGGAUUUCCAUUCGUUCCCUUUUGAAACCUUUGGGAAAGGAUUAAUGAAGAAGACAAAAACAAGUCCUGAUGCAUUUGUGCAACUUGCACUGCAACUUGCUCAUUACCGGGACAUGGGAAAAUUUUGUUUAACUUAUGAAGCGUCUAUGACUCGCCUAUUCAGAGAAGGUAGAACAGAAACAGUUCGUUCAUGUACUAUUGAGUCAUGCAAAUUUGUGCAAGCUAUGGAUAACACAUCUGAAAGUCUUGAAAAGAAGAUUACACUAUUCAAAGCGGCAGCUGCCCGUCAUCAGCAUUUGUAUCGUCUUGCCAUGACUGGUGCUGGCAUUGAUCGCCACCUUUUCUGCCUUUAUGUGGUAUCCAAAUACCUUGCUGUUGAAUCACCUUUCCUUAAAGAAGUUUUGUCAGAGCCCUGGAGACUUUCAACAAGUCAGACACCACAACAGCAUAUUGAUCUGGAGAAGAAUCCUUGUAUGGAGUCCAGUGGUGGAGGCUUUGGACCUGUUGCUGAUGAUGGUUAUGGUGUGUCUUAUAUCAUUGCGGGUGAAAAUCUCCUAAAUUUUCAUGUAUCCAGCAAACAUUCUUGCCCUGAUACGGAUUCUCAUCGCUUUGGGAAAAACAUCAAACAAGCAUUGUGUGACAUCCGUGACUUGUUUAGUCUCCACAAAAACUGUACCAAGUGAUUCCCUAAUAGCUGGUCAACUAGUCAGUCACACUUUGUGUUGAAAGUGAGAACUCUUCUGAUGAAUGACUGAAAACAAGGCAUGCCAAGCAGCAAUCCAUUCCAGAGCACAUAAACAAGCUUUUUUUUCCUGAGAGGACCAUAGUUCAUCACUGUACUUGUUGAGAAGAGUUUACUUUUCCAUCGGAUACAAUCUUGACAUGUUCUCUGUGAGCUACAACCUGGCAACAUUUAUUCUAGGCUCAUCUUAAUUUGGUGACCAUUUGAUUGACCUUUAAGAUGUGUUUAGUUGUACUCUGUAAAUGAAGGGGUGAAAAAUGUCUAUGUAUCCUAACAAGAACAAAUCUGACUUGAAAUGUACCAGUAAUGAACCAUCAGUAAAUUUACUUGCUGUUUUGUUUUUAAUGAAUAAGUGACAAUUUGGAGCAUUUGUGAUACGGAAAGACAUUUCAUUGACUUGAAUCUAAAAACAAAUUUGGCAAAAAAUAAUGUAGUGUGCUAUGCAGGGGGGGUGGGAAGCUUUGCUACUUGGAACUGCAUUUAAAAUGUAGGGUAGUAAUAAAAUCUUUCCUAGACCUAAAAUAAUGGCAUUUAACAUUUUUUAUUUAAAUUAAUUUGUGAUUCUCAAAUUUGGAAAGUAAAAUCAUUGAACUUAGAAGAUAACAGUGAUUCACGGUAAUUUGUUGGGGCAUAUAUUGUUGUAUAAAAGUAAGCACAUUUCUAUACUGUGUAGUAUAUAAGGUUGGACAGGAAUUUUUUGUGUCAAUCCGAAUGAAAGCUGCUUUCUGUUACAAAAGAAUAAUAUCUACACUACUUAAAAACAGAGAACUGUAAUUUUUGCUUCAAGUCACAUUCACUUUAAAGUCCGUGAAAGUUACCUCACAGUAUCUUUGUCCACAGGGGAAAGUGUAUUCAUCCCAAAUCACAAUAUAUGAUGCAAACCCUGUUGGCCAUCCCACAAGAGAAAUAAAACUCAGCCUGUUUAAUUCAUUACAGCUUUAUCACACUGAAGCCUUAAGCAGCUCCUUAUUCAUGUGCAUAGAAAAGAAAGAAGGUCUUUAAUAAAGAAAUCAUGGGAGUACUCUGGAAAACCAAACUCAAAUAUGUAUUUAAAAAGCAGAGAGUUUGGUGAAUCAUGUUACCAAAGAGUGUGUUGCUGAAAUUGCAAAAAGGAUAUGGGAGCUUGUGGCUUGUAGAAAAUGCACCAAAAAGCAUGAAAAUUUUAACAAAAGUGUAACAUUGAUGUCUUCUACACAAUCUUUGGCUAUGAAAAAGACCAUGGCAUGUAUUCAGAGGUUUUAAUAUAAAAAUUCUGAUGAUUCUGAGGUUUUAAUAAUGAGAACAAAUUGGAAGUGGAGAUGGAAGAGUUCUUUUUCUGUCAUGAAGAUGGAAAACAUAAAUAAUUUCUUUGUUAGUAUCUUGGCUUGAUAUAUAUAUAGAUCAGACACAUUAUUUUAUAAAAAAUAUUGGAGUACAAAGCCCCUAUAGGAAUACAUUGAACAUGCUUUCUCUAAUCAGGUACACUAAAUAGGCAAGAAAAUUAUGGGGAAACUUGAUAAUUUUACAUGCCAUGUUCCAUGGAAUUUGUAAUUCAUCAGCAAGUUGAGAGGUGUUUUGGAGCUUUAUAUUGACCACUGACCAAGUGCUAUUAAUUUUAAGACCAAUAACUUUUAUUAUUAUUAAGAACAUUAUUAGGCUUGACUCAGGUUUUAGAUUUAGAUAUAAUCCUAGUCAAUUAGUGCAUUAUCAAUGCAAUAUUUGUCAUUCUUUAAGGGAAUGUAAAUGUAUAAUUGGCAGAUGACAACAGUUUUUAUUACAAGUGUUUGGAGAAUUGAAUGUCAUGUAUUUCUUUUAUUUGACACAAUAUCUAAACUUGUUUCUAUUCUCUUAAAAUAUCAAUUGCGUGUAAAUAAUGUGUCUUUGGUUGUAAAUCUAUGCACAGUAAACAGGCUAGUCUUAAUAAAGGAAUUAAUAUUA